GGAGGGAGCGAGUGGCAGGGGGGGCUGGCCUGGCGUGCACUCCGCACCUCGGGAACAUUACUGCGCGUGGAACGGCUGUUUUGGGAAGACUAUUGCCUAGAAGAAAAGAUGUUUGGUUUUCACAAGCCAAAGAUGUACCGAAGUAUAGAAGGCUGCUGUAUUUGCAGAGCUAAGUCCUCCAGUUCUCGAUUCACGGACAGUAAACGCUAUGAGAAGGAUUUCCAGAGCUGUUUUGGGUUGCAUGAGACACGUUCAGGAGACAUCUGUAAUGCCUGUGUCCUGCUUGUGAAAAGAUGGAGGAAAUUGCCAGCAGGAUCCAAAAAAAAAAACUGGAAUCACGUGGUAGAUGCAAGGGCAGGACCCAGCCUGAAGACUACACUGAAACCAAAGAAAGUGAAAACUCUAUCUGGAAACAGGAUAAAAAGCAACCAGAUCAGCAAACUACAGAAGAAAUUUAAACGUCAUAAUUCUGAUGCUCACGGUACCACCUCAAGUGCCUCCCCAGCUCAAUCUCCUUGUUACAGUAACCAGUCAGAUGACAGCUCAGAUACAGAGGUGGCUUCGGGCUCCAGCAGAACGCCAAUUUUUUCCUUUUUAGAUCUCACGUACUGGAAAAGACAGAAAAUAUGUUGUGGGAUUAUCUAUAAAGGCCGCUCUGGGGAAGUCCUCAUUGACACGCACCUCUUCAAGCCUCGCUGCAGCAACAAGAAGGCGGCGGCCGAGAAGCUGGAGGAGCCCGGCCCAGAGCCUCUGCCCAUCUCCACCCAGGAGUGGUGACUGAGGUGUAUGUAGAAGGGGAACAGGAAAUGAUUGAAAUUUCAGAAAAAAAACACACCCAAAACACAGCAACAAAACGACCUUCCUGUUUUUCACUUGGAUACCUGCUAUUCUGCCAAAAGACAAUUUCUAGAAUAGUUCCGAAUGGGUUAUUUUUUCCUCCACUUCCACAAGUUCCACCAACUCUGAAGCCAGUGUCUAGCUUACUAAAAGGAAAAACAGACGUGUACAUAAUAUUUAAGAUGCUGAGUAUUUCGUAGGAAAGCUGAAUGCUGCUGUAAAGUGCUCUUUAAGUCUUUUUCUUUUAAAUCCCCUUCUCAUGAAUGAAACUAGGGGGACUUCAGGGGACAGAGAUGGGAUUUGUUGUAUGAUAAACGUACGUAGUUUUAGUCUUUCUAUA